GGGCUGAGGGACGGGCUGAGGGAGGGGCUGCGGAAUGAAGAGAGGGCUCGGUUCUGGACGCGGAGACCCAAGACCGUGGUGUCCGUUUUCCCACGUGCAUCUCGUCAUUGGAUUGGGGCGGGUCCCCAUCACAAACUCUUGAAUAAUACUCGUCUCCUAGUCUGUUUCCUCCGUUGUGAAAUCGCAGGACUUCCUUGUCUGCCUCGGGUCGUGACUGGGAACUUGUUAGAAAUACAGAUUCUCUGCCCACACCCCAGACUUAUUGAAUCAGAAACUCAGGGGAUGAGGCCCCACCAUCAGUGUUUUAACAAGCCCUCCAGGUGAUUCUGAUGCUUGCUUAAAUUUCAGAACCACUGGGCUACCGUAAUGUAGCAAGCUGUACUGAGGGCCUUCUCAACCCAAGCUGAGAAAGUAAGAGAAAGAAAGGAGGGGGUGGACUUGAGAGAAAUCUUGGAGACAGACUCAGUUGCUUGAGGAGGAGUCAGGGGUGAAAGAGUUUCUGGCUUGGGCCACGGGCCUGAGGUGGGACCUUAAGUGAUGGCUCCAGGUGACAACCACGUGUGCCCUGCCUCCAGGCCUGCACUUUUCCGCGCAGUCACACUAGGGCUCUGUGGCCGUGCCUUCCAGCCGUUUUCAGGUCAUAGGCCACAUAGGAAAUGAUAAUAUUUGUACAGUGCCCAGGGGAAAUGGACGAAGCUGCUUGAGGUUGGAGGAUUGAGGCUGCUGGAAGCUGGAGGGAACCACCUGGGGGGAUUUGAGCUUCCCAGAGCUGAGGGAAAUUAGUAACCUGUUCUCAGCAUACUGCAGAAGAGCUUUGUCCCAUGGGAUUUGCUGAAGAUUAGGGGUGCUCACUAAAUUUGGCAACAUAAAUCAAGAACCUUGAAAGAGUUUAUACCCUUUGACUCAGUAAUUCCGUUCCUGAAGAUCUCUCCCAAGUAUAUAACAAAAGAAAAGAAAGCCUUCUGUUGUAGAUUACAUACAACAGAGAAAAUUAACAACUCUGGAGAAUCAUUUUUGAUCUAGUCGGUCAAUGAAAUGUUGUACUGCCCUUAGGAAUGUGUGAAUAUUUUGUAAAAUCAUAAAGAAACCUAUGUGCUCAUUCAUUAGACAAUUGUCUAGUAAGCCCCUGCUCUGUGCUGAGUGGUGAGCGAGUCAGCUCCACAGAGCUGACUGCCUGGGGGAAGACCCAGCCGAAGGAGCAGUAACUCCAAAGAGUGAUUGGUGUUUGAUAGGGGAUCAGGGGCUGCUGCAGGAGAAGCUGGUCUUUGGGGUAUGGGGAGUGGGUCAGGAAAGGCAUCCUAGAAGACAAGGUGGCACUCCUAAGGCCUGGAGGAUGAGUAGAUGUUGGUUCGCAAAGGGGAGAGGAACAUUCUACGCAAAGGGAACUGUGUUUUAAUAAUGAGUGUGCUGAAGCUGGAGCACAGAGAGGGCACUGGUGAGAGGAGGCCCGAGGGGACCAGCGGCUAGCUCACAUGGGGCCAUGUGCACUGUGAAGGUGAGAAGGUUAGACCUGAUUCUAAGGGUAACAGGAAGCUGUUGGAGGAUUUUAAGCAAGAAAAGCUGUUGCUGUAUGUGUCUUGGAAGUAUCCCCUGUGGCUACGGUGUGGAGAAUGGAUUGGAGGAAGGUGGGCCUGGAAGCUGGGAGCCCAAGUGAAGAGGCUGUUGCAAUAGCCCAGGCGCAGGUGCCUCCUUACGCUGGGCUGUGAUGGAAGGGCUGCUGACAAGAUGCAGAGCGCUGCCUGCCUUGGCCACCUGCAGUCACCAGCUCUCGGGGUACGUUCCUCACAGGUUUCACCACCGUGCCCCAGGGAGAGGGAAGCGCUUGGUGCUGUCCCGCAUGUUCCAGCCCCAGAACCUUCGGGAAGACCAGGUGCUCUCUCUAGAGGGCAGAUCUGGCGAGCUGACCUGUAAGAGCCAGCGGCUGAUGCUGCAGGUGGGCCUGAUUCACCCAGCAAGCUCCGGCUGUUACCACCUCCUGCCUUAUACUGUCCGUGCCAUGGAGAAGCUCGUGCGGGUGAUAGACCAGGAGAUGCAGGCCAUCGGGGGACAGAAGGUCAACAUGCCCAGCCUCAGCCCAGCAGAGCUCUGGCGAGCCACCAGCCGGUGGGACUCGAUGGGCAAGGAGCUGCUAAAACUUAGAGACAGACACGGCAAGGAGUACUGCUUAGGACCAACUCACGAGGAAGCCAUUACAGCCCUGAUUGCCUCCCAGCAGACACUGUCCUACAAGCAGCUCCCGCUCCUGCUGUACCAGGUGACGAGGAAGUUUCGGGAUGAGCCCAGGCCCCGCUUUGGUCUUCUCCGAGGCCGAGAGUUCUACAUGAAGGACAUGUACACCUUCGACUCCUCCCCUGAGGCUGCCCAGCAGACCUACAGCCUGGUGUGUGAUGCCUACAGCAGCCUGUUUGACAGGCUGGGGCUGCAGUGCGUCAAGGUCCAGGCAGACGUGGGCAGCAUCGGGGGCACGAUGUCUCACGAGUUCCAGCUGCCGGUGGACGUCGGAGAGGACCGGCUUGCAGUCUGUUCCAGCUGUGGCUUUUCGGCCAACAUGGAGACUCUGGACUUGUCACCAACAAACUGCCCUGCUUGCCAGGGGCCACUGACCAAAACCAAAGGCAUCGAGGUUGGGCACACGUUUUACCUGGGCACCAAGUACUCCUCCAUUUUCAGUGCCCAGUUCACCAAUGUCCAUGGCAAGCCAUCCCUGGCUGAAAUGGGGUGCUAUGGCUUGGGUGUGACACGGAUCUUGGCCGCUGUCAUUGAAGCUCUCGCUACAGAAGACUGCAUCCGCUGGCCCGGCCUCCUGGCCCCUUACCAAGUCUGCCUCAUUUCCCCCAAGAAGGGCAGUAAGGAGGAGGCGGCCUCAGAGCUCACGGGGCACCUGUAUGACCACAUCACAGAGGCAGUGCCGCAGCUCCGAGGGGAGGUCCUGCUGGAUGACAGGACCCAUCUGACCAUUGGAAACAGACUGAAAGACGCCAACAAGUUCGGCUACCCCUUUGUGAUCAUCGUGGGCAAGAGGGCCCUGGACGACCCUGCACAUUUUGAGGUUUGGUGCCAGAACACCGGAGAGGUGGUCUUCCUCACCAGAGAGGGAGUCCUGGAAUUACUGAGCCAAGUGCAGGUUGUCUAAACGCCCCCUGGACCCCUCCCACUGCAUCUCACAGUCUCAGUGUUCAUUCUAAUGCUGCCUUUCUUAUACUGCUUUCCAGAGCUGGUCUCCCCAGAAAGAGGGCAGCUCAUGGAAGGUGAGACCAUGUUAGGAAAACCAGUUGUUAUCCAGUCAUCUGUUUGGACUAUUUGUAUUUAAAGUCAUUAUCUUGAUCCCUUUGGCUGGCCCUGCUGCCACAUAUCAUUCCUUUUAUAUUCGGAGGUAGUGGCUAGGAGGAGCCAAGUUGUCAUCUUGGCCCUCAGGAGAGUCACUUCCCUUCUCUCAGUGGAGUUUCCCAUGUGUAGGAUGGGGCCUCCCCAGUGGCCGAGGCCCUUCCAGCUCCAGCAGUCCAACCACGGGCCUCUUGCUGCAUUCGGUCCAGAGAGGCAGCCCGCCUGUCUUCCUCCAUUGAGAAGUUGGCCUGAUGGUCUGGGGAGAAGAAUCAGGACACCUGACUGCCACUGACUCACUGGAGACUUGGACACGACCCCUCCCCUGCUGGUGCCUCAGUUUCCCCAUCUGUGAUGUGAGAAAAUGGAACUAGAUCUGUAAGGUCCUUACAGCUGUGACUGGCUGGUUCCCCGAGAGGUUCAUGACAGGCAGAUCAGAUCUGAUCUGUUCCUCUGAUCCUCCAUCGUCUAAGCUACCCAGAAGGUAAAUACAAUUAGCUAAUUGCCCCCAAACCACCUCCAGAGACCUGGCCCUUCCUCUUGAGGUGGCUUAGCACUGAGAUCAUGUUACAUUGAUUGAAUAAAGUCAAACUAUUGGGACGAGCCUUGCAUGUUAAUUGGAAACAGUGCUAACACCUGCCACGUUAACGGUGCAGCAGCUUCCUGCCUGGAAACUUUCCUUUUUCUACUCUUUCUCCACUCAAAAAAGAAAAUUGGGUGGCUGGGAAAAUGUGUGUUAAACCAUUUCUUCCCACAAGUGUGAGGGGCAGCAGGCUUCAAGUGCCGUGGCGACUUCGUCCUGCGUGCAGAGUUGCAUCCUAGUGCCACGCACGACAGCGGUGAAUAUUAAGGUCUCUGCCUGAGCCCUGGGGAGAACUGGCAGCUGGCUUGAGCUUUCAUUGCUCCUGCUUCCAGGAGCAGAAUCAGGUUCUCCAUCCUCGGCCCCCAGGGUCAUGGCUUGUCCAAACCUAACAAGAAUCUCUCGGGGCCAAGCUCAAAGCCACCACCUCCUGAAACAUGCUCGGCAGCUCCUGGCAGUGGUUCUGUCUUUGGCUCCCCCUAUGCUCGCCUGCUCAGCACCGACGCCCUUCUUUUUCACUUGGCGGGCACAGCUCACUGUAUGGCGGCCAGCCUCUUGUUGAUGGUCAGCUCCCUGAGGCUGGAGUCCUAGGCUGAUUCCUAGUGCACUGAAGUUCUUGUCUCGGCCUGUUCUUCUUGCCAAACAGCUUCCCUGCAGCUUGUGACCACUGUUCCUGCCAGAGUAACCUCACCCCCAGCACACACCAUCAGGUUUCCUAAUGACUCCCAGGCCUACCCCUGGGCUCUGGGCCAGCAUUCAGGCCAGGAGACAGGGAUUCUGAGAGCAAACCCAGAAAGGCUGGAUUGUAAGGCAGGAAUCUUACCCUUGGCUGCACAGUGGAAUCCCCUGUGUCCCACCCCGAGGUUCUGUUCUGGGGUGUGGCCUGGGCAUUGGCAGUUUUAAAACUCCCCAGAUGAUUCUAAUUCGUAAAGUCGGUGGAGUGCCUUCUGAGGCUACAUUGCAAGGUGGAGUAUUUGAGUCAUUUCGGUUGUGCGUUGUCAGAUUGAUGUGAGCUCUCUGCUUUCAUUGGUCUGGUCAUUUGUUGAGGGCCUGCAUGUGCCACUGUGCUGUGAGGCCCUUUUAUAUGCCGUGUUCAGAACUUAAAACUGUGCGAGGUAGGUCCUGUGAAAUCCUCAUUUUACAGAUGAGGAAACCUGAAACUCCAUUUAAGCAACUUAAUCAAGGAUGCACAGCUAUUACGUAUCAGAGCUAGAAUCUGAGUACCGACCAACACCUGUGUCUGUCCCACUAUACCGCAUGGCCUCUGCCUGGGCAAAAUGAUUCCAAUAAGUAAAAGAUUAUUUAUGUCUGUCUGAUCAAGUUAGCCUGAAGUAGAGAAAUUAGAAUUCGUGCAAAUGGGUGCUUUAUUGUUCUGAAUCUUUUUUUUUUUUUU